AUGAAGGAAAAGAUAGAGAUAUGGAAGAAACAGGUGUUUGGAAACAUAUUUCAUAGAAAAAAGAGGUUGUUGGCCCAUAUAGAUGGUAUCCAGCGAUGCGUGUCUUAUGGAAGAAAUAAACGGUUGGAAGAGCUGGAGAUGGAGUUGCAAAAAUAUCUAAGCGAUACCCUGGAUCAAGAGGAAAGGUUGUGGUUACAGAAAUCGAGAGCCACCUGGAUUAAAGAUGGAGACCGCAACACCAAAUACUACCAUGUGAAAACUAUCAUCAGAAGAAACAGAAAUAAGAUACUCUGCCUCAGAAAUGAUGAAGGGAAUUGGAUAGAGGAUCAAGAGGAAAUUGGAAAACUGGCCAGGGACUAUUUCUACCGUUUGUUUCAAGAGGAAAAUCAUGAUAGAGCAAGCACUCCUUGUACUAAAACCUUUCCUUCUAUCGGCGUUGAUAUCGUCGAAGCUUCUCUUAAAGUCCCUGGUGAGGAAGAUAUUAAGAGAGCAUUUUUCAACAUUGGCGCCUUUAAGGCUCCAGGAGAAGAUGAUCUUCCAUGA